CCCCAGCCCGACUGUUCGCUUGUGCACAUUGGUUCUCCUGCAGAAAAACACUCGCUGUCCCUUUGCGGCCCUUCCCAUAAAUUCGCUCGCCUCUCGCCGUCCUCCACCCGCUUCCAUCCGAUUCUCGAGGGCAGAACCCAGGCACCCGCCUCCGAACGCUGCAAAACGCUGCCAAACGCUGCCGAACACUCUAUCGCCUCCUGCUCCUGCUCCCAUGCGCUCAGCGUUUGCUCUCCUCGGCGCGGCCGCCUUGGCCAAUGCCUACCAGUUUACCGGCACCGCCACUUACUACGGUGACGGAUCCGACGGUGCUGCCUCGCCGUCGCCCAAGACCCCCGGCGCUUGCUACAAGAUCUACCCCACCAACCCGCACUACUACGCUGCCAUCUCUCACACCCAGUGGAGCAGCGGUGCCUACUGCGGCUACUGCGCAACCGUCUCCAACGCGGCCGGCAAAGUCCUCGUCUAUGUCCCUAUUGUCGAUGAGUGCCCUGAUGCUGAUUGUCCCUAUGGCCAUCUCGACCUGUCGCCCGAUGCCUUUGCGCAGCUCGGCCCGCUCUCCCAGGGCGUCAUUGACAUCCAGUGGAGUAUGACCUACGACCCCGGAUGCAACGGUCACGGCUGGGCCAACAUCAACGGCAGCCCUGCUCCUCCUCCGCCCCACUCUCCUCCUCCUCCUCCUCCCUCUAGCAACGGAUACUGUGGCAACGGCAACGUCGGCAACGGCAAGUGCUCCGAUGGCACUUGCUGCAGCAAGUACGGCUGGUGUGGUACCGGCACUGCCUACUGUGGCAGCAAGACUCCUUCGUCGCCCCCGCCUCCCCCUCCUCCUCCUCCUCCCUCCAGCGGCGGCUCUUGCGGCAACGGCAAAGUCGGCAACGGUAUCUGUGCCGACGGUACUUGCUGCAGCAAGUACGGCUGGUGCGCCAAUGACGCUGCCCACUGCAACAACCGCGCCCCUGCCUCCUCCCCUGGAUCGUCGGGUAGCGGUUCCUGCGGUAGCGGCAAGGUCGGCAACGGCAAGUGCUCGAACGGCCAGUGCUGCAGCAAGUACGGCUGGUGUGGCACCACCUCUGCCUACUGCGGUAGCAACCAGGCCAAGGUCCUGAUCGCCGAGUCCUUCGAGUCCUCCAACUCCACCGACAUCACUUACGACUCGUCCAACUCCACCGACAUCACCUACGACUCGUCCAACUCGACCAGUGUGUCCAACGAGCCCUACGUCGACAGCAACGGCCACGUUCAGUGCCCCAGCCCCUACACCAGCCAGACCUACGACUGCAAGCCCAACAGCCAGUGGAUUUGUGUCCUCGGUCGCUGCGAAUGCUCCAAGGACUAUGUCUUCAACUCGGGCAAUGGCCAGUGCGAGUACCAGCCCGGUGUCGACGACCUGGAGUACAUUGCUCUCGAGGGCAAGAAGGGCUUCGUUGUCACCAACUAAAGCAAGCUUUGCUGCCAGGCCUAUCCACCCUCAAAACUCACCCCCCUGAUCUUGCCCACCUCCAACUCCUCUCCUCCCCGUCUCGACUCCACCGAGUUCCAUACACUCCGCUAAAGUUCCUA